AUGAAGAUUCUUGUAGUUAUUGUUAUUGCAGCAUUCUCAGGUUGUCGUGCCAGUAUGAUGUGGCAGGACCAAGCAGAGCCUAGUAUGGACCUGGUGAAAAAUGCAUUCUGGAAUUAUGUUGCUCAAGCAACCCUCACUGCUGAGGACACAUUGCAAAUGAUCAGAAAUUCUGAACUGGGACAAGAAUUCAAUGACAGGAUCUCUAAAAGCACAGAUGCAUUUAACAAAUACACACUGGCCAUUCAUGGUCAAGUAACACCUCUUACACAGGAGCUGCUGACCAAACUUUCCCGGGAGGCAGAUGAAUUGAAACUGUCUCUAGAACAGGAAAUUACAUCUGUGGAGUCCCAGCUUAAGCCUUAUAUUGAGGAGGUUAGAGAUGAUAUUCAGCAGCAGGUUGAGCAACUGAAGAAAGAUGUGGCCCCAUAUGCUGAGACCCUGAACUCUGAAGCCCUGAAAUCUACACUUCUCAAGGGAGCUGAGGAGCUAAAGGCAAGUAUGGAGAGAAGUUUGAUGGAGCUGGGCCCCAAAACAGAGGAGCUGAAGCAGAAAAUGGACCAACACCUCCAGAACUUUCAGAUGAAUAUGGCUCCAUUAGCCCAAAGCUUCCAGAGUCAGCUGGCCCAGAGAAGCCAGGAGAUUCAGAAGAAUAUUACUCCCUAUACAGAGGAGCUGAUAAGCAAACUGGAUCCAAAUGCCCAGGAGCUGAAGGGCCAACUAACAUCUCUCUGGGAGUCAUUUGUGUACUGUCUAAAAACCAACAUGAAGUUUGUGGCUGUAAUCCUUGCACUCUCAAUCAUUUCAGGUUGCCAUGGGAACUUCUUGUUCCAGGAUGAACCGAAGAGCCGUUGGGAGGAGGCAGUGGAUCGGUUCUGGAACCAUGUGUCUGAUCUGACCUCUAGGGCUGAGGAGAUGAGGGAUAACAUCAAAGAAUCCCAGCUCGGCAGAGAAUUAGACACACUGAUCUCGGACACCAUGAUGGAGCUGCAAAUGUACGGCGAUGAUGUGAAGUCCAAAUUGGGCCCCUAUGCACAGGACACUGCCCAAAGACUUAAUGAAGAUCUGCAACUGCUGGCCAGUAAGCUUCGCACACACAUGGAGGAUGCUAAGGAACGUGCCACUGAUUACACCAAGGAGCUCCAGACCAUGGUGGAACAGAACGCUGAUGACGUCAAGAACAGGGUCAACAAUUAUGUCCGGAAACUAAAAAAACGUUUAAACAAGGACACACAAGAGAUCAACAAAAAAAUGGAAACAUACUUUGAGGAAGUUCGCUCUCGUGCUGCUCAGAGUGUAGAGGAGGUGAAGGAUCGUCUUGAACCUUAUUUUACUGUAAUGCGUCAGCGUGCUGAAGAGAGGUUUACAGCUCUGGGAGAACUGAUGAAGAGCCAAGGUGAAGGACUUAAAGAGAAAUUGGAUUCACAAAUGCAGGACCUCAGAAUGCAGGCUGAGAAGACCACAGAGAAUCUGCGUACCACUCUUCAGGAAAAGACAGAGGAGCUACAAAAUUGGUUUCAGCCCUAUAUCUCUAAAAUCCAGGAGCAAAUGCAGUCUAUAUGGGAGACAUUUAAUACAAGUGCAUAAGCAUGAGGUACCAAACCAAGAGUAUGACUUUCCAGCAUACAUUUGCUCACAGAAAUAAAUGUAUUAGAAAUGUAAACGUAAAGAGUGGAAUGUAUAACUACCCAUCUAAGAUAUACAAUAUAAAGCUCAAU